UUUACAUUGGAGAGGGACCCAUUCCUCUCUCAUGAGACAUUCAAAACCCAGUUUAGUUAACGUUGUGGAAGCUCAAUGUGGAAAACCGGUGGAGAUAUUAUUGCGAGGAGGAAAGAAAGUGAGAGGCAUCUUAGAGGAGAUAGAACCAGAUAUGAGUGUUUAUCUGACACAUAUGGUUAGCCUUGAUGAGAAUAAUCAAAAAAACAAAGAAAAAGACCAUAUGAAUUGCACCAACAACAAAGUGCUUUACAUUCGAGCAAGGCAGAUCCUCUUUUUUCACUUUUUGAAAGAUGUGGCUGUCGUUGCUAAUACCGAAAGUUGGCAUAGGAGAAAGGUGUCUUUGGAACAAGCAAGACCUGUUCGAAAGUUGCCCAAGGCAAAGUCGAAAGAUGGGGAAGUUGCAUAUGAGAGUAGUUAGAGACAGGAGAAAGAAGAGUCAUUGACGAACCAUUAGUUCAGUAGAACUAUAUCCAGUAACACUCAAAACAAUAACGAGCAGUUCUGUGUUAGCUUCAUCGAACCUUUAUACCUAAAUAAGCCAAUGUGAAAGAUAUUAUGUGUUUAAAGUUGCCUUUGAAUUUUAUGCGAUAGGUAUAUCCUUUCUGUCUCUGAUAUGUAUAUAGUUUAUUAUUCUGCAUCAUAACAGACACUAGUCCAAAGUUUUCAUUUCAAUAGCAAUAAAGCCGUUUAUUGUAUUACAUACUUCUAUUGCAUAGCUUCUAUUAUGUCUACGAGUAGUGCUAUUGACUUUCAAAAGUGCUCCUAAAAACAGUUUGAAAAGUGGGUUUAUGUGAACUUUCGCCAACACAACUUCUCAUAUGGCAGAACCUUAACCAUU